AUGCCUGGCCCGCCCGAGGGGGCCAUGACCAGCCAGGUCGAGGAUUGGGGCGAAGGCGGCGACUUUGACCUGACCCACCAAGCGGACCCCGAUCCCGACGCUCGCGUCUUGAGCGCACCCUCUGACGACCGAGGCGCAGACUCUGAUGAUUGGGACGUCGACCUCGGACAUGAUGCUCAACCUGUAGUCUCAAACCUGGCAGCACCGGACGACGAAGAUGAGGAUCAGACCGACACCAUCAAGCUGUCCAACGCUGCGGGCUCAGCACUCAAGCUUAUGCUCGAUGCACAGCGGUCCGGUCCGAACAGCGGCAUCGUCACCCAGCUAGGCUCCCGCUCGACCGUAGCAUCUGCCGACGACGUCGACGACGACUGGGGCGCCGAUCUAGAGAUCCCAGACUCGUUGCCGUUCGACCUGAAUGCUCUGCAUCAGCGCAGGGCAAGCUUCACGAGCGACCUUGAGGGCGAGGAGCCUUUUGCCAGCGCCAGUGCCAGCACAACCACCAGCACGAGCUACAAGAGCAACCUCGGCAUCUCGACCGACUUCACCGACCCAGAAUGCUCUCCGAAGAAAGGCGCAGGUGGAGGCGCUUCGACGUCUGACUCUUCCGCCACGUCGCUUCUCUGCCCGUCCUAUCAGUUCCGUGGACGUGGCGAUGCCGCUUCCUUGGGCCAAGAGGCCGACAGCGAGACAGACAUCGAGCAAGACUUCGAACUUGACCCGAGCCUCGACACGCUUAGCCUCAGCCCUGCGGUCUCUAGGAAGCGAUCGCGCGCCACUUUGGAUCACGAAGGGCUGCUCUGGGGUGACGAGAAUCACAAGCGAUCGCCGUCGCCAGGACCAAAGGGCACACUCAGCCGGUCGCAGAGCCACAGCAGCAACCUCGGCGAUGGGGUCAACGGGCCAGCAGCGUUCGGCGCCGAGAGCGACGCCGACGAUGAGCAUGAAGAUCUGCUCGAUGGUCUCGUGCUGGACGGCAGCGUUUUCGAGGUGGACGCAGCCUCGACCGAUCCCAAGGCUGCCAUCGAGAUUACCGAGACGCUCGAAGCAAUCCUCAACGUUCGGCGUGCGGGCGAGCCCUCCGAUGGUGGUCCGUCUUGUCGGCAGUCCGACGGUCCUGUCGAGUCUGAGGCAGACCUUGCGGGGGGUCUCAUCAUCACGGACGACCUUGACCUCUCACCAAGCCGACUGUCGAACAACAAGCUAUCCUACCGCACACGGAGCAGAGGACCGCUGCCUGCGGGCCCAAGCCACAGCCGGAGCGUUCUGGUGCGACAUCCGUCUUUGCCUGCGGCGUCGUCGUCGACAUCUUCGGCGUCAUCGUCGACAUUUUCGCACCUAUGGCUAGGUCGCGAGACCGCUUCGAGGCCAUCCGCAUCGACCAACCUCUCGGUACCGACACGCGGCGAGGUAUUCUCGCCACAUGCACGGCAACGCACGCUGUCGCAGUUGAGCUCAAGCACCUCGUUGACUCAGUCAUCCGAGGCUGGGCCCUCUCAGCAGCACGGCCAUGCACAACCUCGGCCGCGCGCUCCAAAAGGCAAAGGGCUGCAGUACAAGCGUUCUGCCAGCGAUUUGCAACAGAAGAUGACGGACUCGCCCGCUCCGCAAAAUCGGGCUCGCAACAAAGGGCUUGCGCGGAAACGUUCGCUGCCUUCCCUGGCGGACCGCUUCCGGCAGCAGGGCCGACCAAGCUCAUCCGGGUCGACUGCUCCGGCCGGCGGGCCCAGUGUACUCAGCACGCGCACGCCUUCGUCCUUCAGCUCACGACUGACGGCGUCUACGGCCGCCUCGAGAGCGCGUGCGGCUGAGACGGCGGCCGACAUCCUCGCGAGAAUGGCGAAGGACAGCCCGCCACCUCCACUUCCUGGAACUUCUCCGGCGGGCGCUUCAAGUCGGUCGCUUGCCACCAUGAGCCGGGCGACCGCGCGGGUCCGGCCCAGCACUGCCGAUGACGGCAGCCCUUCGCGACGAGCGCAAUCGCCCCAUCCGCUCAGGCAAGGUCGUGUAUCGUCGCCGCUGGUACAGAGCCCGCCGUCGACCCACUUUCUGCGCCGUACGGCCGCUUACGGAGACGGAGCGGAGCUAGACGCGAUCGAAGACCUACCGAGCACGACAGGUGCUUCGUCUAUUUCGAGGUCACGUCCCGAGCGACCGCCGCGAUCCGGCUCGAACGAGUCUGCGUCGCGCGGUCACCGCGGGCGUAGUAAGCCCCCAUCCAAGCCGGGCCUGAUCAAGCCGCUGGGCGCCUCAUCGAUCACACAAAAGACCGUCAAGGGCAUGCGCUGGAAUCCGAAGACGCUCCGAUGGGACGGCAACGAAGGCGCACUACGCGAGUUCGAUAGCGUCGUCCAGAGCAGCGUGCGGCCAGCCUUAAUCAGCCAGCUGACCGGCAGCUCCACCAACUCGGCUCUGGCUAGCCUCAGCGGAUACACCUCGCCCGUGCUGCAGGACUCCAGCUCCUUGAUCACCAAUAUCGCCUGCGGCGUCAAGAUGGUGGGCGACAUGAUCUUCGAUCCGAUCCAAAUGAAAUGGGUGCACCGCAACUGCGAAGAGGACGCCGAGGUGUUCGCGCAGUUUGAGGAAGAGGGCUUCAGCAGCGAGGGCGCCUUCGGUCCACAAUCCGAGGCUCAGGUCGCCAGCUGCUCGAGGAGCGUAGGCUCGGAAUGUGGGUCCGACAUGCGCCCGGACGCAUCGGCAAAGGGCAACUCGAGCUGGGACGUCGAGUCGACGAUAAGGGCUCGCAAGAUGCGUUCUGGACCGCUAGCUGGGAGGCUCGAGGAGCGAUGGUCGCCCUCCUUGUGCGAGGCAACCAAGCUCAUCCGUUCUCCCGGAGGGCCAAGAGGCGCCAGGCUGCCCACCAGGGUCGAGGCCGCCGUCGCCCAGGCCGUCAAGAGUGGCAGCAUGCCCAACCUAGAACAUGUCGAUGAGGCCCUGUGGAAUUCUUGCCUCGAGGCCGAGGCGCGGCACCGAUCCGAGGUUCACAGCUUCCUCCCGCGAACCUCGUCGUCAUCGUCACAAUUGCAGACGCAGAAGCACGUCUCUGCGCUGAGUGGCGCCCUCGAAUACGCGCCCACUAUGGGCGAGAUCGAGAGGCCGAGGCCGCACCUCUACCACCUGCAGAGGAUCGCUCGGGGGCUGGGCAAGGGCAGCGAUCCACCCAUGAUGGCGACGAGGUCGCGUGGGCAGUGA